AUGAAAGAUAGGACUACUCAAAUUGCGGACACGAUCGCGGGAUAUCCGGGAGUAGAAUGCAGGACCUUGCGGGUCCAGGACGCCUUCGAUCGCAAUUGGUGGAUGAAAGUGCAUGCAACGCCCGACUCUUCUGAUGUUGGUGUUGAUUUGAGUACUGGCGAGCUAAUACUGUCCAUAUUGUCUAACUCGUCAACGUCUUCCUCGCCGCUCGGAUUGCUCCAUUCUUACCUUGCAUCCCUACCAACUGCUACUGCUGUAUCGUCCGCUGUGCAAGCGCUAAUACGUCUUCUUUUGCUUCAUACUGCGGUUGAAACAAGCUCGUCACACCUAGUCCUGGGCACGUCCCUAACCAGCCUAGCCGUGUCGCUAAUUUCCGGCGUUGCGCAAGGCAGAGGCUUCAGCGUUCGGGAGGAGGUGCAAGAGGAUUGGUUUCCGGAGGAGGUCCCCGGUAUGCCGGACACAGGUGAUAACCUGCACCGUGGCACCGAAAGUCCAAAUAGCGGUAAAAUGAAAGGAAACGGAAGGCUCAGCGUGAGAGUCAUGAGACCACUGCGUGAUGUGGGUAUGAAGGAGUGUGCAGCCUGGGCUUGGUGGAAGAAAUUGAGGGUCGUAGGGAAGGAGAGAUGGCAAUGGUCAGGGGCGAAGCAAGGGAUUUAUGCAUUGACAAAAGAUUUCAUCGUUGGCCUGGAGAAAGACUACCCAUCUACGGUGUCCACCGUCGUGAGAACCUGCGGGAAGCUCGCACCGAAGGGCAGGGUGAUAGGGAGGUGUGUUCUCUGUGAACGCCCUGUACAGGAAGGAUGGCAGGAGUGGAAGUCCAGCAUAUCCGUACAGUUCCGCCUAUCCUCAAAUGUCGAAAUCGAUCCGAUUCCAUUUCUUCACCCGUCCGUCGACUGCGUACCCCCAAGACUUUCUACCGCGCCGACUCUGACGCCUCACUUGUGUUACGCAUGCCAUACGACGUUUACCAGCAAGAGCAGUCGUGCUACUCCACCACCACUCUAUCCCUCCGUCACCAAGACACCUCUUACGCCAUUGCCAACUUGGGUGGGUUCGCACUUGCUCGAACGACAGGAGCAGAUCAGCACGUCGCGGAUGGCCCGGGAGGAGAUGAGGAGUGCGGUCAGCGAUUUCUUGCUUGAAUAG